AUACACGACCGACGCGCCUCACUGCAUAACCCUCUGCACUCAGCAAACACAAGUCGCGUAAUAGUAUAGUAUCUAAACCCCUCGUAGCUCUUUGGAUUGACCAAAAAACCUCUCUGAGAGCGAUCAAGUAUGGAUUACCAGAAUCGCGCAGGUUCCAAGUUUGGUGGAGGAGGCGUUGCCUCACAGUCCGCGACGAACGCCGAUCGAAGAGAACGUCUCCGUAAGCUUGCACUCGAGACGAUUGACCUCGACAAGGACCCCUACUUUUUCAAGAACCACGUCGGUAGCUUCGAGUGCCGUCUCUGCUUGACAGUCCAUCAGAACGAUGGCUCAUAUCUCGCACAUACACAAGGAAGGAAGCAUCAAACAAACCUGGCACGCCGUGCUGCAAAGGAGCAGAGAGAAGGGAAAAGGGACGAUGUCGGCCAGCAAGGAUUGCUUGCUGGAGUGGUGCCCAAGAAGAACGUUAUCAAGAUCGGGCGGCCCGGAUACCACAUCACAAAAGUACGCGACCCCAACACGCGUCAGAACGGGCUGCUAUUCCAGUUCCAAUUUCCGGAUCUCACCCCUGGCGUAACCCCCAAGGUCCGUAUUAUGAGCGCAUACGAGCAGAGGGUUGAAGAACCCGACCCAAACUACCAGUAUCUCAUUGUUGCCGGAGAGCCAUAUGAGACUGUUGCGGUCAAGUUGCAGUCCCGCGAUAUCGACAGGAGAGAGGGCAAGUUCUGGUUUUGGUAUGACGAAGACGCCAAGGAAUUUUGGUGCCAGGUCCUGUUCAAGACUGAACGUGACGAACGUUUUAGUGCAGUUCCCGGUCUUGCACCCGGCCGCAAGUAAACCAACCCAAUGGCGAUUUCUUUUUGCUUCGGAACCUAGGUUUGAUGGCUUUUCAGGCAAGACACGAUUCAUAAUUUGAGGCAGGCAAGCGAGCUCUAGCCUGACCAUACGAUACCAACAGCUUAUGCAUUUUCAAAUUGAUGGCGUUACAAUGGCGUUAUUAACAACAAAGACACCGAUUUUGAUGGAACCAAGUUGGUGUAUGUAAAUCCUUGGUUACAAGAUAAUGAAUACAAAUCUGACAUCAAGAAG